AUGCGGAGCAAGGGCAGGAAGGAGAGCCUGUCCGACUCCCGCGACCUGGACGGCUCCUACGACCAGCUCACGGGCAACCCGCCAGGCCAAACUAAAAAAGCGCUGAAGCAGCGAUUCCUCAAACUGCUGCCCUGCUGCCGGCCCAAAUCCAUCCCCUCGCUCAGCGAAAGCAAGACAGUGCUGGCCUCAGCCGCCCUCUCUUCCCCUGGGUUCCUUGCAGACAGUGUUGAGGAUGAGUUUGAGCUCUCCACCGUCUGCCACCGCCCUGAGGGGCUGGAGCAGCUCCAGGAGCAGACCAAGUUCACCCGCAAAGAGCUGCAGGUCCUGUACCGAGGCUUCAAGAAUGAGUGCCCGAGCGGCAUUGUCAAUGAAGAAAACUUCAAGCAGAUCUACUCACAGUUCUUCCCGCAGGGAGACUCCAGCACGUAUGCCACCUUCCUCUUCAAUGCCUUCGACACCGACCACGACGGCUCCGUCAGCUUCGAGGACUUUGUGUCUGGGCUGUCCAUCAUCCUGCGGGGCACCAUUGACGAUCGCCUGAACUGGGCCUUCAACCUCUACGACCUGAACAAAGAUGGCUGCAUCACCAAAGAGGAAAUGCUGGACAUCAUGAAGUCCAUCUAUGACAUGAUGGGCAAAUACACCUACCCGGCCAUGCGGGAGGAAGCGCCCCGGGAGCACGUGGAGAACUUCUUCCAGAAAAUGGACCGAAACAAGGACGGCGUGGUGACAAUCGAGGAGUUCCUGGAGUCCUGCCAGAAGGACGAGAACAUCAUGCGGUCCAUGCAGCUCUUCGACAACGUGAUUUAG